CAGUCAAAACAAUAGUCUUAACCUAACCUCUAGAAAGGAGUUAAUCUUUAUACGUUGCUAAAAGUUAUAAGUUAUUUCGAAUUAUAAAUCAUCAACUGUAAUCUAUAAAUUAUUUGUACAAAGUAUUUAUACAUCUUUCUUCAUUGUAUAUAAUAAUUACGCAUAAUAUUUACUUCCCGAUAUUAUUUGACGGUUGCGGUAACCUAAAACUCGAUUGUUUAUUACUAUAGAUAAUUAAGCAUGUUAUGAUAUGUAUCAGAUUAUUUCUGUUUCGUAAACAUAUCUGCAUCAAAACGAACAAUAAACAAUAUCUACGUUAUCAUAAGCAGUGAACAGUGUUUCGAUAAACACGUAAACAAUCGAUGGAAACAACAAUUACAUGAAUCAUAUCAAAUAUGUCAACAGAAAAAAAGCAAACAAUAUGUUUAAUAAAAGAUUUGAAACUACUUGACAAAUCCGAAUUGAUAGAAAAAAUAAUAAGACUAGAAGAAAACAACAAACAAUUAAAAGCCACAGUUAACAGGUUAAACAAAAAAUCAAAACUCAAUACUGUUACUAAAUCAAAAAGGCCAUUCGAUUUCACAAAAUGCACCAAAAGACACAUUCUUCUGAAAUUUUAUUAUCUAGGAUGGGAUUACAAUGGUUUCGUUGUGCAAGAUAGUAUCAACGACACCAUAGAAGAUCAUUUAUUCGCUGCACUGACAAAAAGCUGUUGUAUAGAGUUUCGAGAAACUUCAAAUUACCAUAGAUGUGGUAGAACAGACAAAGGUGUCAGUUCUUUCUCACAGGUAAUUUCAAUUGACGUACGAAGCAGAUUAAAACUCGAGGAUCAACACAAGUUAAAUGAAGAACUACCAUAUUGCAAGAUGUUAAAUAGGUUACUACCUUCGAGCAUAAGAUGCACUGCAUGGUGUCCUGUUCCACAAAAUUUCUCUGCAAGAUUUGACUGCAAAUUUCGAACCUACAAGUACUUUUUUCCAAGGGGAAGUCUGAAUAUAGAAGCCAUGGACCAGGCAGUGAAGUACACCAUAGGAGAGCAUGAUUUUCGUAAUAUCUGUAAAAUGGAUGUAGCAAACGGAGUCACCAAUUAUAAGAGAACGGUGCUCGAUGCGAAAGUAUUGUUGCACAGAGCAGAUUGUAGAAACAUUCCAGCAUACGAUAUGUGUGAAAUGAAUAUAAAGAGUCAUGCAUUCUUAUGGCAUCAGAUUCGCUGUUUGAUGGGAAUUCUAUUGCUUGUCGGUCAAGGAAAAGAGCAACCAGAGGUUAUUACAGAGCUUUUAGACAUUGUUAAUUGCCCUAGGAAACCGCAAUACAAUUUGGCUCACGAGUUACCAUUGAAUCUUUGGUAUUGUGAAUACGAUGUUAACGAGUGGUACAAUGAUAAGGAAGAACUAAUGAAUACAAUAAAAACACUACAGAAAGACUGGACCAUCAAUACAAUCAAAUCUGUUAUGAUAGAAAACAUGUUGUCUGAUUUAGAAACGAUUAUGGACUCUAAUGAUUUAGUUUCUCAGAGCGACUCGCUGCUGCUAGGUGUACAAUCAAGGAUUUAUCAACCACUAUUGAAGAGAGUCACCUGCGAUAGUUUGGAAACCAAGAUAGAACACUACGACAACAAAAGGAAGAGAAAAGAAUAAUAUACGACGAUUAAAGAAAUGUACAGACCAUUUUAAGUCAAUAAAUUAUAUAGUAAAUUCGUA